AUGUCGGGAAAGAAGGAGUUUGAUAUGAAACAGAUCCUCAGGCUGCGUUGGCGCUGGUUUAGUCAUUCAUCCCAGAGUUCUGCCGGUGGAGGAGGAGGAGGAGGGGGUGGAGGAGGAGGAGUAGGAUGCCUCCAGGAGAGCUUUGAUCACAAAGGGACCCCAGUCCAGGGAAGACUGAAGAAUCACUCCCGGGACAGAGGUGGCAGUGGAGGGGGACUCCGGAAGCAGAACAGCAACAGUCCGGUCCAUAGUAUCCUGGCUCCCACGCCUGUCUAUGUCAGAGCCAGUAAUCAAUCAUGGCAACAGCAGAAUAUUAUUCAGCACCUGCAGCAGCAGGGCGGCCACAAGCUGCCUAAGAACAGCAGCUCACCUAACAACACCAGGAAGGAGGACUGCUCCAAGAGCAGCCAGGAGAAUGUGAAGAGUGUUGAAGAGUCCUUAGAGGCGGAUGCAAGAGACAGGUAUGCCUCCUCUUCCUCCUCUAGGAUGAGCUCCAACGGCUCGGAUGAGUUCUUCCAGGCUACAAACCAUGCGGAACAGACCUUUCGCAAGAUGGAGACUUAUCUUCAGCACAAGCAGCUGUGUGAUGUCGUCUUGAUAGCGGGAGAUCAUAAGAUCCCGGCUCACAGGUUGGUCCUCAGUGCAGUCUCUGACUACUUUGCUGCCAUGUUCACCAGCAACGUGAGAGAGGCCAAACAGGAGGAGAUCAAGAUGGAGGGGGUGGAUCCAGAAUCCUUGAGAUCUCUGGUCCACUUUGCAUACACUGGUGUCCUUGAAUUGAAGGAGGAGAUCAUAGAGAGUUUAUUGGCUGCAGCCUGCCUUCUACAGCUCUCGCAAGUCAUUGAGGUCUGCUGUAACUUCCUCAUGAAACAACUCCAUCCAUCUAAUUGCCUGGGGAUACGCUCCUUCGCUGAUGCCCAGGGAUGCAUGGAUCUGCUCAACGUGGCCCACAACUACACUAUGGAGCACUUCCUAGAGGUGAUUCAGAACCAGGAGUUUCUCCUGCUUCCUACGGCUGAGAUCGUCAAACUCUUGGCCAGUGAUGACAUAAACAUACCAGAUGAGGAGACCAUCUUCCAGGCUCUGAUGAUGUGGGUGCGGUUCGAUGUUCAGCAUCGCCAGCAGGACCUUGGGGUGCUCCUGGCCGAAAUCCGCCUGCCUCUUCUACCUCCACAGCUCCUAGCUGACCUGGAGAACAAUACGAUGUUCACAGACAACCUGGAAUGCCAGAAGCUUCUAAUGGAAGCCAUGAAGUACCAUCUGCUACCGGAGCGUCACCUCAUGUUCCAGAGCCCCAGGACUAAACCCAGGAAGUCCACUGUAGGAGUACUCUACGCUGUGGGAGGCAUGGACGCUACCAAGGGAUCUACGACCAUAGAGAAGUAUGACCUGCGGACCAACACAUGGACCCAGGUGGGGGUGAUGAACGGCCGGAGGCUGCAGUUCGGGGUGGCAGUGAUCGAUGACAAGCUGUACGUGGUGGGGGGCCGAGACGGGCUGAAGACAUCCAACAUGGUGGAGUGUUACAACCCUUUCAACAAUGUCUGGUCCACCAUGCCUCCCAUGUCUACACACAGACACGGACUUGGUAUAACAGUGUUGGAGGGCCCCAUGUAUGCAGUCGGUGGCCAUGAUGGAUGGAGUUACCUGAAUACAGUGGAGAGGUGGGACCCCCAGGCUAAACAGUGGAACUACGUGGCCAGCAUGUCCACGCCACGCAGCACUAUGGGAGUCACCGCACUCAACGGAAAAUUGUUUGCAGUUGGUGGUCGGGAUGGGAGCUCGUGUCUGCGGUCAAUGGAAUGCUUUGAUCCACACACCAACAAGUGGAGUAUGUGUGCCCCCAUGGCGAAGAGGAGAGGAGGGGUGGGUGUGGCCACGUACAACAGCUUCCUCUAUGCUGUGGGUGGUCAUGAUGCCCUGGCGUCCAACCACUGCUCCAGACUAUCAGACUGUGUAGAGAGGUAUGAUCCCAAAACAGACACAUGGACCACGGUGUCCUCUCUGAGUGUCCCCAGAGAUGCUGUAGGUAUCUGUCUGCUAGGAGACAGGCUAUACGCUGUCGGAGGAUACGACGGAACAUCCUACCUGAACAGUGUUGAGUCCUAUGAUGCACAGAACAAUGAAUGGACUGAGGAGGUCAAUCUCAACAUUGGAAGGGCUGGAGCCUGUGUUGUAGUUGUGAGAAUACCUUGAGAACUACAACUCCCUACAACCCCCAGGAAUGCCACACACCACUGAUGUCACUGAGAAUGUUUUUCCUUCAGUUUUUCAACUGUAAAGACAAACCUCUACUGCAUUCCUCACAAACCAAUGUUUCCAUCAACAGUGAUUUUCAUUGUCCACUUGAAAGUAUUUUAUCUUUGAUUAUAAGAACGUACUUUACCAUAUCUACGGAUCAAGUAAGUGGUUAGUAAUGGUUAAAAAAAAUUAAGAAAACUCUUCCACACUCUCCUUGGUCUGGUUACUCUGUUAAAAUGCUCUAUCAGAAAAUAAUGUUCAGAAAAUAAUGUUCAGAAAAUAAUGUUCUCUAUAUGAUACAAAGAAAGAAAUUACAUUUAUUAACUGAUACUUUUACAUUUAUACAGCAACAUUCUAUAUUUGUCUCAUCACAUAAUAUUUUUUCGAUUUAUACUCCUAUGUAUAUCUCUCUUUUAGCCACCGGAAAAUUAAAUGUACUUUUUCUAUUUUUACUACAUCUCUGUUGCUAAACUGGAUUUCUACUCUACAAAACGUUUUGAAGAAGGAUCACUGUGAAUAAUACUGAAGAUGAAGAGUUUGCAAAGUGCAAUACCGGGUACGCUGUACCAGAACAUUUUGAGAAAGUUACUCACGUUGCACAGCAACUGUGAGCUGGACAUAGAUAUUUUAGAAAGGAAAGGAAACAAAAAGUUUUCAAAAAGUUUUUUUUGCUUUCUUGGAAGCUCUAGCUGAAUUACACCAAAGUCGUUACCCAGUCUUAGAAAUGUUGUGUACAUGUUUUAAAAAUACGUUUACAGAAUUGUGAAUAUACAAAUAUAUCAUAUUGAUAUUUUGCAUUACUACAAAGAUGUUAGUAGGUUUGCUAAAAUUGCAGUCAUCUUUAUAUAAUCAUAUCAUGCCUAAACCACUGCAUUACUGUCAUCUCCAGGGUUUCUU